AUGGUCUGGGACGCUGCGGACUACGUCAUUCCGCCACAACAGCGUUCCGCCUUCUUUGUCAUGACAAAUCUGGUGAUUACCCCGGGACAGACGCUGGGCGCCUGUGAGGAGGCCCACGAUGUUUACGGAAAUGACUGCCAAUCGGAGGAUGACUGCCACGCGGGACAUAUUGUGAUGCUGGGCAGUGGGGUUCAGACCGGCAACUGUGUGCCCUCAACCCGAAAGGUGGGACUAAAGGUGUGCGAGAUCUACGGGUGGUGUCCCACCGAGCACGACAUCACGCCGACAGACUUUGUCCUGGCCAACGCGCCCAACUUCACCGUCAUGCUGAAGAACAGCAUAGAGUUUCCGCGCUACCAAGUGAAGAGGCGAAACAUCCUGAGCUGGAUGGACAAACGCUUCCUCUUCACCUGCCGCUAUAACCCCUAUGAUGAGAAGAUGAAGUACUGUCCGAUAUUCACUCUGGGGGACAUUAUGAAUUAUACGGACGCGGAGAAUAAGCAGAUUUGGCGUCAGGGUGGUAUGGUGUCGAUCCACAUUGAAUGGAACUGUAAUCUGGACUACGAUGAGGAGCAGUGUCUGCCCAAGUAUGUGUUUCGCAGGCUGGAUGACUUUGAUAGCAUCGUGGGCAAGGGCUGGAACUUUCGAUACAGUUACCAUUACAUGGAGAACGGCACGCGAAAGCGCAACCUCAUCAAAGCCUAUGGGAUUCAGUUUUUCAUAACAGUCUACGGGAAGGGCGGCAAAUUCAACAUGUUGACAUUUUCCAUGAAUCUAGGCUCCGGUCUUGCCCUGCUGGGCAUUGCCACAGUCCUCUGUGAUAUGAUUGUGCUCAACGUUACCCGCAAACGGAACCUCUAUCGAGACGCCAAGGUGGAUUUGGUAGCGCAGCAGAAGAAGAUUGUUAAAAAACAGUAUCUCCAAUUCACCACCAGUCAGAACAGUAUGAAGGAGGAUGCGGCAUCAGCAGCCAAGGACGGCGGCGAAGGUGAAUCCAGCCCAACGGGGUCAAGGAAGUCCGAACCUCGAGAGAAUGGUGGGAGGUCUGAGGUGGACCAUCGUCUGGGCAUCAAGAUGCAUGGAGCCAUGACCAUGGAGGGAAAAUAUGCGCCCGCGCUUCCAAUGUAUGUGAUUGGUUCCACUGAAGUGUAA